AUGGAAUAUGAUGUCACAAGCCAAAAGAAUGGUCACUGCCUUAAAAUAGCUGUAAACUUCCAUGUUCAGAGGCAGCAAAAACUGAAUAUCUGUUUGCAGGUACAAGCCCAGUAUGAGGAUCAGCAGUCCCAGUAUGAGGAUCAGCAGUCCCAGUAUCAAGAUCAGCAGUCCCAAUAUGAGGACCAGCUCUAUGAUCAACAGCACCUGUAUCCUGAUGAGCAGUUAGUGCAGCAGACAUAUGACUUUUUUACCACAUUAGCUCCCCCAGGUCCUGUGAGUGUGAUCCCUGGAUUGAGAACAACAAUGGCUGUCAAGGCUGGGAACUCAGCUCAUAAUGAUAGAGUGUGUAGCACUUGGGGCAACUUCCACUUCAAGACCUUUGAUGGAGACAUCUAUCAUUUCCCUGGGAUCUGCAAUUAUGUCUUUGCAUCCCACUGCAAGUCCUCCUAUGAAGAUUUCAAUGUGCAAAUAAGACGCUCGGUGGUUGCGAACGUUACCAUUAUAAGCCACGUGUCUGUGAAACUUGACGGAGUGGCCAUUGAACUGGACUCAAAGUCCAUUACUGUCAAUGAAGAACCUGUUCAGCUGCCUUACAGCCACUUAGGAAUCCUGAUGGAGAGAAGCUCAGAUUAUAUUAAGGUCCAAGGGAAGUUAGGACUGAUGCUGUGGUGGAAUCAAGAGGAUGGCCUUUUGCUGGAACUAAAUGAAAAAUAUACUAAUCAAACUUGCGGUCUUUGUGGGGAUUUCAAUAAAAUCGCAAUCUACAAUGAAUUCAUUUCCAACAAUGUCAAGCUGACUCCUCUUCAGUUUGGAAACAUGCAGAAGAUGGACGGACCCACAGAACAAUGCCAAGACUCUAUCCCUUUACCCGGAGGCCAAUGCAGCCAAGAGCUUACUACUGUGUGCCAAAGUAUACUGACUGGUAAAGCAUUUGCAGCUUGCAAUGCAUUAGUUGAAGUGCAGGAUUACAUUAAUGCUUGCAUACAAGACUUAUGCAACUGUGAUAAGUCUGUGACUGAAGUCUGCACCUGUAACACCUUUGCUGAGUACUCCAAGCAAUGUGCGCAUGCUGGUGGACAGCCACUUGAAUGGCGAACACAAGAUUUGUGCCCCAAGUCGUGUCCUUUCAACAUGCAGCACCAAGAAUGCGGAUCCCCCUGUUUUGACACUUGUACCAAUUCUGAACGUUCCCAGCUGUGCGAUGAUCAUUGCAUAGAUGGCUGUUUCUGUCCCCCCGGCACUGUGUAUGAUGACAUUAACAAUUCUGGCUGCAUCCCCAUGAAGGAUUGUUACUGUACUUACAAUGGGAAUUCUUACGCUCCUGAUACUUCUUUUUUCUCCCAGUGCAUUUCAUGUACAUGCACUGGAGGACAGUGGACUUGCAUCAGCCUUUCAUGCCCUGGAGUAUGUUCUAUUGAAGGUGGCUCCCACAUCUCCACUUUUGAUGAGAAACGCUAUUCUGUCUUUGGGGACUGUAGCUAUAUCUUAACUAAGCUCUGUGACAGCAAUGUCUUCACUGUUCUGGGAGAAAUUCGAAAGUGUGGCCUGACAGAUUCUGAGACAUGCCUGAAAGGAUUAGCUAUAAGCAUUGAUGGAGGACAGACAAUGAUUCUCGUCAAGUCUUCUGGGGCUGUGUAUGUGAAUAUGAUUCUCACUCAACUGCCUAUCUCAGCAGCCAAUGUCACCAUCCUCAACCCUUCCUCAUUCUUCACUGUUGUACACACAAAAUUUGGCAUCCAACUGAUGAUACAGUUUAUCCCUAUCAUGCAGCUGUUUGUGUACAUGGACCCAAGCCACAAAGGGCAAACAUGUGGUCUCUGUGGAAAUUUCAACGGUGUCCAAACAGAUGACUUUAAAGCUAUCAGUGGGGUGAUAGAAGGAACCUCUGCUGCCUUUGCUAAUACCUGGAAAACACAGGCAGAUUGCCCCAAUAUCAAAAACAUAUUUGAGAACCCCUGCACUCUCAGCAUAGAAAAUGAAAAAUAUGCUUCACACUGGUGCGGAUUGCUGACCAACAGCAACGGGCCCUUUCAGAAGUGCCACUCGGUAGUAAACCCAGCUGUUUACCAUACAAACUGCAUGUUUGACACCUGUAACUGUGAAAAGAGUGAGGACUGCAUGUGUGCUGCCCUCUCUUCCUAUGUCAGAGCCUGCGCUGCUAAAGGCGUGUUGCUGAGCGGAUGGAGGACAAGUGUCUGCACCAAAUACCAAAUUUGUCCUGAAACCUGGACUUAUCGUUAUAACAUUGAUACCUGUCAAGCCACCUGCCGAGCUCUAAGUGAGCCUGAUGUCACCUGCAACAUAAAGUUCUCUCCCAUGGAUGGAUGCACCUGUAAAGAAGGGACAUACCUGGAUGACCAUGGCAAAUGUGUGCCUGCUGCUGAUUGCUCCUGUUACCACAAAGGAACUGCUGUACCAUCUGGAAACAUGGUUCAUGACAAUGGCAUCAUAUGUACCUGUGUACAAGGCAAGCUUCAGUGCAUUGGGGAAGUUAAACCACAAACAGAUUGUGAUGCUCCUAUGAUCUACUUUGAUUGUGCCAAUGCCACAGCUGACACCCAUGGAACUGAGUGUCAGAAGAGCUGCCAGACACUUGACAUGGGUUGUUAUAACACACAGUGUGUCUCUGGUUGUGUAUGUCCUCAUCAGCUAGUGUCUGAUGGCACAGGCAAAUGUAUACCCGCUGAAGAAUGCCCGUGCAUUCACAAUGAAGCCACAUACAAACCAGGAGAAACUAUCAAGGAUAAAUGUAAUACUUGUACAUGCAAGAACCGAAAGUGGAAAUGCUCUAAUGAACCUUGUCUGGAAACUUGCUCAGUUUAUGGAGAUGGUCAUUAUAUCACCUUUGACGGCAAACGAUACACUUUCAAUGGAGACUGUGAAUACACGUUGGUCCAGAAUCACUGUGGUAAAAACAGUACAAAUGUAGAAACUUUACGGGUGAUCACAGAGAAUAUCCCCUGUGGUUCUACUGGGACUACCUGCUCAAAAGCUAUUAAAGUGUUCUGUGGGAACUAUGAGUUACUACUUACAGAUGGAAAAUUUGAGGUGAUACAGAGACUUCCUGGUGGAGGUAAAGUGCCAUUCAAGAUCCGAUAUAUGGGCAACUACAUGGUGAUUGAUACUGAUGUAGGAGUGAUCCUAAUAUGGGACAGGAAAACCAGUCUGUUCAUCAAACUCAGAGCAGAACUUAAGGGUCAGGUUUGUGGCCUUUGUGGAAACUAUGAUGGCAAUGACAUCAAUGAUUUCACCACCAGGAGCCAGUCUGUUGUAGGAGAUGUCCUGGAGUUUGGUAACAGCUGGAAAGUUUCUCCCACUUGUCCAGAUGUCCCAAGCAUGAGGGAUCCUUGUUCUGCAAACCCAUAUAGGAGUUCCUGGGCGCAGAAGCAGUGUAGCAUCAUCAACAGCAAGACAUUUGCUCUCUGCCAUCCUCAGGUUGAACCAACCAAAUAUUAUGAAGCCUGUGUAUCUGAUGCCUGUGCUUGUGACACUGGGGGAGACUGUGAAUGUUUCUGUACAGCUGUAGCUGCGUAUGCACAGGCAUGUCAGGAGGCCGGCGUAUGCAUCCCUUGGAGAACUCCAUCCAUCUGUCCUUUAUUCUGUGAUUACUACAAUAAAAAGGGAGAGUGUGAAUGGCAUUAUCAACCUUGUGGUUCUUCUUGCAUGAAGACCUGUAGGCAUCCAAACAAUUGUUCACUUGAGUUAUAUGGCUUGGAAGGGUGCUAUCCAAAAUGUCCACCCAAUAAACCCUAUUUUAAUGAAGAUGAGAUGGACUGUGUCUCCCUUGAAAAGUGUGGCUGCUUUGAUGACAAAGAAAACUAUUAUAAACCAGGAGAAAAAAUGCCUUCGGAAAAGAGUUGUCAAUCAUGUUACUGUUCAAUCGACAGCAAAGAGGACUGCAGAUACGAUGAAAGUGAAUGCUACUGUGUCUAUGAAGGAAAGAUAUUCAAACCUGGCGAUCUCAUCUACAACACAACCGAUGGCAUUGGAGGAUGCAUCACUGCAAUUUGCAGUCAAAAUGGCACAAUUGAGAGGAAUAUCUUUCCAUGUCCCGUGAGCUCUACCAGUAUACCCACCUCUACUGUCUUUGUAUUUACUAACACCACUUCACCUGCAACUACUACUUCUUCACCAGCAACUACUACUUCAGUGCCCAUCACUACAUCCGUCUGUGUCCAGGAAGUCUGUCAUUGGUCUGCGUGGUAUGAUGGGAGUCAACCUGGUUCUGGAGCAAAUGAUGGAGAUUCUGAAACUUUUGACGAUCUAAGAGCCAAAGGUUAUCAAGUCUGCAAAAUUCCAAAAGCUGUUGAAUGCAGAGCAGAGAAAUUCCCCAAUACUCCAUUAAGUAAACUAGACCAAAGGGUAGAAUGCAACAGAACUGUGGGAUUAAUCUGUCAAAAUUCGAAUCAGCAUCCAAAUAUCUGCCACAAUUAUCAAAUCAAAAUUUUAUGCUGUAGUUUUGUACCGUGUGGCAAUUAUACUACAGCUUCCACACCUGAACCUACCACAGUCUCUCCACUUCACACAACUACAGUACCAACUACCAUUUUGACAGUCACCACUGCAUUCACAAGUACAGUUAAGCGAACCACUAGCAUCUUAACUCCAACCCCAGAAACCACUUCUUUACCUACCAACACUACUGUCCAACCUACCAUGGGAACUGGAUCUCCAACAACACAAACAAUGACAGAAACAACUUGCAAACCUAUCUGCAGAUGGACAGAAUGGUAUGACGUGCAUUUUCCUACACUGGAUAAUGAAGGAGAUUUUGAAACAUAUGACGUUAUUAGAGCUACAGGAAAAGAUAUCUGUGAAAACCCAGAACAUAUAGAAUGCAGAGCUGAAAAAUUCCCUGAUAAAACUAUUGAUGAAAUUGGCCAAAUUGUCCAAUGCAAUGUAUCCUUUGGAUUUGUUUGCAGAAAUGAAGAUCAGUCAGGAAUGCUGCAAAUAUGCUUUAACUACCAAAUUAAAGUCUACUGCUGCAACAAUGAAUGCUUGACCACUCCUCCAGCACCGUCAACAAGGGUCACAACAACAACUGAAACAAUUUCUACACUCAUAACUACAACUUCAGGAACAACAAAACCAAGUAUCACAACACCACAAAUUACAACCACCUCAGUUCCAGAGACAACUACAAUUACAAUACGUCCUUCUACCAGGAAAUUUACAACCACACCUCCUAUAAUUUCUACUACAACAUCUCCAGUGUCAACUACUAUGCCAACAAUUUCCACUGCAGCUCCUUUAACCACCACAUUUCUUCCGACAGAAGGGACAGAGUCAACCAUAUCUGAACCAAUCACACUACCAACCAUAAUACCUUUUCCAAAUACAACACAGACACAAAAACCUACAACAAUUCCAACAACAGUUAUAUCUUGCACUGAGGAAACAUGUGAAUGGUCCCAGUGGUAUGAUGUAAGUUACCCAGGAAAUGGACCUGAUGAUGGCGAUUUUGAAACAUUUAAAAACAUAAGAGCCGAAGGAAAUGAAGUUUGUAAAUCACCAAAGAAUGUUGAAUGUCAAGCAGAAAAAUAUUCUAAUAUCUCACUUGAGCAAUUGAAACAAAAACUUACAUGUAAUACAACAAUAGGGCUCAUAUGUUAUAACAAAGAUCAAAUACCACAAAUCUGUGACAAUUACAAGAUCAGAAUUGAAUGCUGCAAAACAGUAUUUAUACCAUGCCCAACAACCCCAACCCCAAAAAUAACUACUCCGCCACCCGAGACAACAAAAUUUCCUACACCAGAAAUAACGACAACAACACAAGUAAGUACCACACAAAAAAAACCUAUUGUAACAGAAUAUCAAACAACAAGAAAGCCAUCUACAGUACCACAGAUAGUUGAAACAAUACCUACUACAAAAAAACUGCCGCUUACAGAGAAAACAACACCAUUUAUCACAACAUUAGCACAAACCACAACACUGGAAAUAAGAACCACUGCUACCAAGGGAAAAUCAACAAUUCCAGUUUCAACAACUGUCAUUUCAAUGACACCAAAAGGGGUAACCACGACCGUACCCCAACCCACAUCAACAGGGAUAACCUCAACAACCACAAGGACCACCACCAAAGAAACAACACCCGCAAGCACGACGACGGUCAUCACCCCCACCACUCCCGUAACAACCACAGCUGCUUUGCCCACCACUACACACUUGCCCACUCCAACGACAACCCUCACUACGACCACCCCACCAGGGACCACCUGUGCACCGGUCACCUGCCACUGGUCACGUUGGUUUGAUGUUGACUUUCCCACUUCUGGACCCGAAGGAGGGGACUUUGAAACAUACAGCAAUAUUCGAGCCGCAGGAGGCAAAUUCUGUCCAAAGCCUGAGAACAUACAAUGUCAGGCUGAAAACCACCCAGACCUAAGCAUUGAGCAGGUUGGUCAAGCCCUUCAGUGUGACGUCACUCUCGGACUGGUUUGCCGGAAUAAGGACCAAACUGGGAAAAUUAAGAUGUGUUAUAAUUAUAGGAUUAGGGUUCUAUGCUGCGAAGAAAACCCAGAAUGCGUAACCACACCCAUGCCAACUACCACCACUCGAUCAACUUUGCCGGUUUCAACCACAACGCCCUUUGUUAGCAAGCCAGCCGAAGUGCUAACCACGACUGUACCCCAACCCACAUCAACAGGGAUAACCUCAACAACCACAAGGACCACCACCAAAGAAACAACACCCGCAAGCACGACGACGGUCAUCACCCCCACCACUCCCGUAACAACCACAGCUGCUUUGCCCACCACUACACACUUGCCCACUCCAACGACAACCCUCACUACGACCACCCCACCAGGGACCACCUGUGCACCGGUCACCUGCCACUGGUCACGUUGGUUUGAUGUUGACUUUCCCACUUCUGGACCCGAAGGAGGGGACUUUGAAACAUACAGCAAUAUUCGAGCCGCAGGAGGCAAAUUCUGUCCAAAGCCUGAGAACAUACAAUGUCAGGCUGAAAACCACCCAGACCUAAGCAUUGAGCAGGUUGGUCAAGCCCUUCAGUGUGAUGUCACUCUCGGACUGGUUUGCCGGAAUAAGGACCAAACUGGGAAAAUUAAGAUGUGUUAUAAUUAUAGGAUUAGGGUUCUAUGCUGCGAAGAAAACCCAGAAUGCGUAACCACACCCAUGCCAACUACCACCACUCGAUCAACUUUGCCGGUUUCAACCACAACGCCCUUUGUUAGCAAGCCAGCCGAAGUGCUAACCACGACCGUUCCCCAACCCACAUCAACAGGGAUAACCUCAACAACCACAAGGACCACCACCAAAGAAACAACACCCGCAAGCACGACGACGGUCAUCACCCCCACCACUCCCGUAACAACCACAGCUGCUUUGCCCACCACUACACACUUGCCCACUCCAACGACAACCCUCACUACGACCACCCCACCAGGGACCACCUGUGCACCGGUCACCUGCCACUGGUCACGUUGGUUUGAUGUUGACUUUCCCACUUCUGGACCCGAAGGAGGGGACCUUGAAACAUACAGCAAUAUUCGAGCCGCAGGAGGCAAAUUCUGUCCAAAGCCUGAGAACAUACAAUGUCAGGCUGAAAACCACCCAGACCUAAGCAUUGAGCAGGUUGGUCAAGUCCUUCAGUGUGACGUCACUCUCGGACUGGUUUGCCGGAAUAAGGACCAAACUGGGAAAAUUAAGAUGUGUUAUAAUUAUAGGAUUAGGGUUCUAUGCUGCGAAGAAAACCCAGAAUGCGUAACCACACCCAUGCCAACUACCACCACUCGAUCAACUUUGCCGGUUUCAACCACAACGCCCUUUGUUAGCAAGCCAGCCGAAGUGCUAACCACGACCGUUCCCCAACCCACAUCAACAGGGAUAACCUCAACAGCCACAAGGACCACCACCAAAGAAACAACACCCGCAAGCACGACGACGGUCAUCACCCCCACCACUCCCGUAACAACCACAGCUGCUUUGCCCACCACUACACACUUGCCCACUCCAACGACAACCCUCACUACGACCACCCCACCAGGGACCACCUGUGCACCGGUCACCUGCCACUGGUCACGUUGGUUUGAUGUUGACUUUCCCACUUCUGGACCCGAAGGAGGGGACCUUGAAACAUACAGCAAUAUUCGAGCCGCAGGAGGCAAAUUCUGUCCAAAGCCUGAGAACAUACAAUGUCAGGCUGAAAACCACCCAGACCUAAGCAUUGAGCAGGUUGGUCAAGCCCUUCAGUGUGACGUCACUCUCGGACUGGUUUGCCGGAAUAAGGACCAAACUGGGAAAAUUAAGAUGUGUUAUAAUUAUAGGAUUAGGGUUCUAUGCUGCGAAGAAAACCCAGAAUGCGUAACCACACCCAUGCCAACUACCACCACUCGAUCAACUUUGCCGGUUUCAACCACAACGCCCUUUGUUAGCAAGCCAGCCGAAGUGCUAACCACGACCGUUCCCCAACCCACAUCAACAGGGAUAACCUCAACAACCACAAGGACCACCACCAAAGAAACAACACCCGCAAGCACGACGACGGUCAUCACCCCCACCACUCCCGUAACAACCACAGCUGCUUUGCCCACCACUACACACUUGCCCACUCCAACGACAACCCUCACUACGACCACCCCACCAGGGACCACCUGUGCACCGGUCACCUGCCACUGGUCACGUUGGUUUGAUGUUGACUUUCCCACUUCUGGACCCGAAGGAGGGGACCUUGAAACAUACAGCAAUAUUCGAGCCGCAGGAGGCAAAUUCUGUCCAAAGCCUGAGAACAUACAAUGUCAGGCUGAAAACCACCCAGACCUAAGCAUUGAGCAGGUUGGUCAAGUCCUUCAGUGUGACGUCACUCUCGGACUGGUUUGCCGGAAUAAGGACCAAACUGGGAAAAUUAAGAUGUGUUAUAAUUAUAGGAUUAGGGUUCUAUGCUGCGAAGAAAACCCAGAAUGCGUAACCACACCCAUGCCAACUACCACCACUCGAUCAACUUUGCCGGUUUCAACCACAACGCCCUUUGUUAGCAAGCCAGCCGAAGUGCUAACCACGACCGUUCCCCAACCCACAUCAACAGGGAUAACCUCAACAACCACAAGGACCACCACCAAAGAAACAACACCCGCAAGCACGACGACGGUCAUCACCCCCACCACUCCCGUAACAACCACAGCUGCUUUGCCCACCACUACACACUUGCCCACUCCAACGACAACCCUCACUACGACCACCCCACCAGGGACCACCUGUGCACCGGUCACCUGCCACUGGUCACGUUGGUUUGAUGUUGACUUUCCCACUUCUGGACCCGAAGGAGGGGACCUUGAAACAUACAGCAAUAUUCGAGCCGCAGGAGGCAAAUUCUGUCCAAAGCCUGAGAACAUACAAUGUCAGGCUGAAAACCACCCAGACCUAAGCAUUGAGCAGGUUGGUCAAGUCCUUCAGUGUGACGUCACUCUCGGACUGGUUUGCCGGAAUAAGGACCAAACUGGGAAAAUUAAGAUGUGUUAUAAUUAUAGGAUUAGGGUUCUAUGCUGCGAAGAAAACCCAGAAUGCGUAACCACACCCAUACCAACUACCACCACUCGAUCAACUUUGCCGGUUUCAACCACAACGCCCUUUGUUAGCAAGCCAGCCGAAGUGCUAACCACGACCGUUCCCCAACCCACAUCAACAGGGAUAACCUCAACAACCACAAGGACCACCACCAAAGAAACAACACCCGCAAGCACGACGACGGUCAUCACCCCCACCACUCCCGUAACAACCACAGCUGCUUUGCCCACCACUACACACUUGCCCACUCCAACGACAACCCUCACUACGACCACCCCACCAGGGACCACCUGUGCACCGGUCACCUGCCACUGGUCACGUUGGUUUGAUGUUGACUUUCCCACUUCUGGACCCGAAGGAGGGGACCUUGAAACAUACAGCAAUAUUCGAGCCGCAGGAGGCAAAUUCUGUCCAAAGCCUGAGAACAUACAAUGUCAGGCUGAAAACCACCCAGACCUAAGCAUUGAGCAGGUUGGUCAAGUCCUUCAGUGUGACGUCACUCUCGGACUGGUUUGCCGGAAUAAGGACCAAACUGGGAAAAUUAAGAUGUGUUAUAAUUAUAGGAUUAGGGUUCUAUGCUGCGAAGAAAACCCAGAAUGCGUAACCACACCCAUGCCAACUACCACCACUCGAUCAACUUUGCCGGUUUCAACCACAACGCCCUUUGUUAGCAAGCCAGCCGAAGUGCUAACCACGACCGUUCCCCAACCCACAUCAACAGGGAUAACCUCAACAACCACAAGGACCACCACCAAAGAAACAACACCCGCAAGCACGACGACGGUCAUCACCCCCACCACUCCCGUAACAACCACAGCUGCUUUGCCCACCACUACACACUUGCCCACUCCAACGACAACCCUCACUACGACCACCCCACCAGGGACCACCUGUGCACCGGUCACCUGCCACUGGUCACGUUGGUUUGAUGUUGACUUUCCCACUUCUGGACCCGAAGGAGGGGACCUUGAAACAUACAGCAAUAUUCGAGCCGCAGGAGGCAAAUUCUGUCCAAAGCCUGAGAACAUACAAUGUCAGGCUGAAAACCACCCAGACCUAAGCAUUGAGCAGGUUGGUCAAGUCCUUCAGUGUGACGUCACUCUCGGACUCGUUUGCCGGAAUAAGGACCAAACUGGGAAAAUUAAGAUGUGUUAUAAUUAUAGGAUUAGGGUUCUAUGCUGCGAAGAAAACCCAGAAUGCGUAACCACACCCAUGCCAACUACCACCACUCGAUCAACUUUGCCGGUUUCAACCACAACGCCCUUUGUUAGCAAGCCAGCCGAAGUGCUAACCACGACCGUUCCCCAACCCACAUCAACAGGGAUAACCUCAACAACCACAAGGACCACCACCAAAGAAACAACACCCGCAAGCACGACGACGGUCAUCACCCCCACCACUCCCGUAACAACCACAGCUGCUUUGCCCACCACUACACACUUGCCCACUCCAACGACAACCCUCACUACGACCACCCCACCAGGGACCACCUGUGCACCGGUCACCUGCCACUGGUCACGUUGGUUUGAUGUUGACUUUCCCACUUCUGGACCCGAAGGAGGGGACCUUGAAACAUACAGCAAUAUUCGAGCCGCAGGAGGCAAAUUCUGUCCAAAGCCUGAGAACAUACAAUGUCAGGCUGAAAACCACCCAGACCUAAGCAUUGAGCAGGUUGGUCAAGUCCUUCAGUGUGACGUCACUCUCGGACUGGUUUGCCGGAAUAAGGACCAAACUGGGAAAAUUAAGAUGUGUUAUAAUUAUAGGAUUAGGGUUCUAUGCUGCGAAGAAAACCCAGAAUGCGUAACCACACCCAUGCCAACUACCACCACUCGAUCAACUUUGCCGGUUUCAACCACAACGCCCUUUGUUAGCAAGCCAGCCGAAGUGCUAACCACGACCGUUCCCCAACCCACAUCAACAGGGAUAACCUCAACAACCACAAGGACCACCACCAAAGAAACAACACCCGCAAGCACGACGACGGUCAUCACCCCCACCACUCCCGUAACAACCACAGCUGCUUUGCCCACCACUACACACUUGCCCACUCCAACGACAACCCUCACUACGACCACCCCACCAGGGACCACCUGUGCACCGGUCACCUGCCACUGGUCACGUUGGUUUGAUGUUGACUUUCCCACUUCUGGACCCGAAGGAGGGGACCUUGAAACAUACAGCAAUAUUCGAGCCGCAGGAGGCAAAUUCUGUCCAAAGCCUGAGAACAUACAAUGUCAGGCUGAAAACCACCCAGACCUAAGCAUUGAGCAGGUUGGUCAAGUCCUUCAGUGUGACGUCACUCUCGGACUCGUUUGCCGGAAUAAGGACCAAACUGGGAAAAUUAAGAUGUGUUAUAAUUAUAGGAUUAGGGUUCUAUGCUGCGAAGAAAACCCAGAAUGCGUAACCACACCCAUGCCAACUACCACCACUCGAUCAACUUUGCCGGUUUCAACCACAACGCCCUUUGUUAGCAAGCCAGCUGAAGUGCUAACCACGACCGUUCUCCAACCCACAUCAACAGGGAUAACCUCAACAACCACAAGGACCACCACCAAAGAAACAACACCCGCAAGCACGACGACGGUCAUCACCCCCACCACUCCCGUAACAACCACAGCUGCUUUGCCCACCACUACACACUUGCCCACUCCAAUGACAACCCUCACUAUGACCACCCCACCAGGGACCACCUGUGCACCGGUCACCUGCCACUGGUCACGUUGGUUUGAUGUUGACUUUCCCACUUCUGGACCCGAAGGAGGGGACUUUGAAACAUACAGCAAUAUUCGAGCCACAGGAGGCAAAUUCUGUCCAAAGCCUGAGAACAUACAAUGUCAGGCUGAAAACCACCCAGACCUAAGCAUUGAGCAGGUUGGUCAAGUCCUUCAGUGUGACGUCACUCUCGGACUGGUUUGCCGGAAUAAGGACCAAACUGGGAAAAUUAAGAUGUGUUAUAAUUAUAGGAUUAGGGUUCUAUGCUGCGAAGAAAACCCAGAAUGCGUAACCACACCCAUGCCAACUACCACCACUCGAUCAACUUUGCCGGUUUCAACCACAACGCCCUUUGUUAGCAAGCCAGCCGAAGUGCUAACCACGACCGUUCCCCAACCCACAUCAACAGGGAUAACCUCAACAACCACAAGGACCACCACCAAAGAAACAACACCCGCAAGCACGACGACGGUCAUCACCCCCACCACUCCCGUAACAACCACAGCUGCUUUGCCCACCACUACACACUUGCCCACUCCAACGACAACCCUCACUACGACCACCCCACCAGGGACCACCUGUGCACCGGUCACCUGCCACUGGUCACGUUGGUUUGAUGUUGACUUUCCCACUUCUGGACCCGAAGGAGGGGACCUUGAAACAUACAGCAAUAUUCGAGCCGCAGGAGGCAAAUUCUGUCCAAAGCCUGAGAACAUACAAUGUCAGGCUGAAAACCACCCAGACCUAAGCAUUGAGCAGGUUGGUCAAGUCCUUCAGUGUGACGUCACUCUCGGACUGGUUUGCCGGAAUAAGGACCAAACUGGGAAAAUUAAGAUGUGUUAUAAUUAUAGGAUUAGGGUUCUAUGCUGCGAAGAAAACCCAGAAUGCGUAACCACACCCAUGCCAACUACCACCACUCGAUCAACUUUGCCGGUUUCAACCACAACGCCCUUUGUUAGCAAGCCAGCCGAAGUGCUAACCACGACCGUUCCCCAACCCACAUCAACAGGGAUAACCUCAACAACCACAAGGACCACCACCAAAGAAACAACACCCGCAAGCACGACGACGGUCAUCACCCCCACCACUCCCGUAACAACCACAGCUGCUUUGCCCACCACUACACACUUGCCCACUCCAAUGACAACCCUCACUAUGACCACCCCACCAGGGACCACCUGUGCACCGGUCACCUGCCACUGGUCACGUUGGUUUGAUGUUGACUUUCCCACUUCUGGACCCGAAGGAGGGGACCUUGAAACAUACAGCAAUAUUCGAGCCGCAGGAGGCAAAUUCUGUCCAAAGCCUGAGAACAUACAAUGUCAGGCUGAAAACCACCCAGACCUAAGCAUUGAGCAGGUUGGUCAAGUCCUUCAGUGUGACGUCACUCUCGGACUGGUUUGCCGGAAUAAGGACCAAACUGGGAAAAUUAAGAUGUGUUAUAAUUAUAGGAUUAGGGUUCUAUGCUGCGAAGAAAACCCAGAAUGCGUAACCACACCCAUGCCAACUACCACCACUCGAUCAACUUUGCCGGUUUCAACCACAACGCCCUUUGUUAGCAAGCCAGCCGAAGUGCUAACCACGACCGUUCCCCAACCCACAUCAACAGGGAUAACCUCAACAACCACAAGGACCACCACCAAAGAAACAACACCCGCAAGCACGACGACGGUCAUCACCCCCACCACUCCCGUAACAACCACAGCUGCUUUGCCCACCACUACACACUUGCCCACUCCAACGACAACCCUCACUACGACCACCCCACCAGGGACCACCUGUGCACCGGUCACCUGCCACUGGUCACGUUGGUUUGAUGUUGACUUUCCCACUUCUGGACCCGAAGGAGGGGACCUUGAAACAUACAGCAAUAUUCGAGCCGCAGGAGGCAAAUUCUGUCCAAAGCCUGAGAACAUACAAUGUCAGGCUGAAAACCACCCAGACCUAAGCAUUGAGCAGGUUGGUCAAGUCCUUCAGUGUGACGUCACUCUCGGACUGGUUUGCCGGAAUAAGGACCAAAUUGGGAAAAUUAAGAUGUGUUAUAAUUAUAGGAUUAGGGUUCUAUGCUGCGAAGAAAACCCAGAAUGCGUAACCACACCCAUCACAACAAUUACCACCCCUACUACUCCUGUGGUAACCACAGCCACUACGAGUGGCACCACCAAAAAAAGUACCCCUGUUGUGAUAACUACAGAAGUUCCAACUCCAACUUCCUUCGGAAGCAGCACAAGUCAUUGUUUCUGCCAGAUUGGAGAGAAUAUAUAUAAACCUGGUGAAAUUAUUUAUAGGGAAACAGACGGUGACGGUUGCCUUUAUUUUGCCAUUUGUGGUAGAACAUGCUCCAUUGAAAGAUACAAAGGGCCAUGCAGAUCAACAACACCGCAACCCACCUCAACUCCCACAGUAUUCACCACCAUUCCUACUACCACUACAACUGGUACUACUCCACUGCCAGGCUGUCCUGAUGCUAUACCGCCCCGGAAGGAGGGUGAGACAUGGAUAGCAAACUGCACCAAAGCAACUUGUUUAGGAAACAACAACAUUGUGAUAAGUAAAGUGCAGUGUCCACCAGUACAGAACAUUGUGUGUGAAAACGGCUAUCCACCGAUAAAAGUCUUCUCAGAGGAUGGUUGUUGUUAUCAUUAUGAAUGUGAAUGUAUUUGUAGUCUCUGGGGUGACCUUCACUUUAUCACAUUUGAUGGAAUCUACUACACUUUCUUGGACAAUUGCACUUACGUACUGGUGCAACAAAUUAUACCGAAAUAUGAUAACUUUAAAGUCCUUAUUGAUAAUUACUACUGUGAUUCAGAAGAUCAACUUUCCUGUCCCCAGUCUAUUAUUAUACACUACAAUUCUUCAGACAUAGUGUUAACUCACCAACGCUUUAAUGGAAUAGAAGCUAACAAGAUCUAUUUCAACGGGAAAGUUGUCAAGGCAGGUUUCCAGAAAGACGGUAUUUAUAUCUACACAAUUGGCAUUAAUAUGGUGGUUGAAAUUCCUGACAUUGGAGCUAUUAUCACCUUCAGUGGUUUAAUGCUCUCAGUAAAGAUUCCAUACAGCAAGUUUAGCAACAAUACCGAAGGACAAUGUGGUACUUGCACUAACAAUAGAACAGAUGAAUGUCGCUUACCAAAUGGUGAAGUAACGGAUUGCUCCCACAUGGCUCCCCAUUGGAAAGUGCCUGAUCCUAAAAAAGAUUAUUGCUUUGGACCAACACCAUCUGCACCAACAGUAACUACAACUUCUCCACCUGGAACAUGUAGCCCAGCUCCUCUCUGUUCCCUUAUUUUGAAUGAAAUCUUCUCUGAGUGCCAUAAGAUCAUACCCCCAGAUCCCUACUUCCGAGGCUGUCUUUUUGAUGCUUGCCAUAUGAAAAAUAUCUCCACGCAAUGUUCAGGAUUAGAGAUAUAUGCUUCUCUCUGUGCCUCUAAAGGUGUUUGUAUUGAUUGGCGAGAGAAGACCAAUGAUGCAUGCCCAUUUAGCUGUCCUACAGAUAAAGUAUAUGAUCCAUGUGGCCCCAUCAGUCCUCCCACAUGUGAUAACAGUGCCCCUCAGGAGACUGGAAUAACAGAAGGUUGCUUCUGUAAAAAUGGAACCAAACUCUUCAAUACCUACAAGGAUAUCUGUGUCUCUGAUUGUGGUUGUACUGGACCAGAUGGGUUACCCAAAGCGCCUGGAGAAACGUGGAUUAGCAAUUGCCAGAAAUGUACUUGUGAGGAACACUCUCUUGUAGUACAAUGUACAAAAGAACCAUGUCCUACAGAACCUACUCCUCUGGAAUGUUCUUUUGAAGGGUUUGAACCCAUCACAAUAUUCACCCCUGAAGAAAAGUGCUGUCCUCAGAAACAUUGUGUGUGCAACACCUCUCACUGUCCCAAGUCUAUUGAAACCUGUCCACUAGGAUAUGAAUUAAAGAAGGAAAACCUGCCAGGAGGCUGCUGCAUUAACAUCACUUGUGUGAAACUACCAGGCUGUGUUGUCAAUGGGAGCUUCUACAAUCCUGGGGCGGUCAUGCCAGGAGGAUUAUGUGAAUCAUGCAGAUGCUCUGAAACAGAAGAUCCAGAAAACAAGGUGGAGUGUGUGUCUCAAGCAUGUGACAAAAGAUGCCCAAUGGGUCAAGAGUACAAGGAAAUACAUGGACAAUGUUGUGGUCAUUGCACUCCAGUAGCUUGUGUUCUGACAGUGGACUCCUAUCCUAACCAAGUGAUCAAGCCAGGAGAAAGCUGGUACCCACCAGGAAACAACUGUACUUCCUAUGAAUGUGAUCUUAUUGAGAACCAAUAUAUUACUGUCACUAUCAAGAAAUCCUGCCCUCCAUUUGAUCCAGCUAAAUGCCAACCUGAGGAUGUGAUAUUAACUGAGGAUGGCUGUUGCAGGAUGUGCAAACUGGAUGUAACAGUACCCUGUGCACCAAAAGUUUUCACCAAAACAAUAAAACACAAUGGCUGUGAAGCUUCUUCGCCUAUCAAUUCAACAUACUGUGAAGGCAGCUGUGGCAGUAUUUCAAAGUAUUCGUAUAAAGCAAAUAAAAUGGAUCAUACAUGCAAGUGUUGUCAAGAGCGAAAGGUCAGGAAGAAGCAAGUGACCCUGAUUUGCUCCGAUGGCUCAACCAUGGAUUAUUCUUACAUCCAUGUUGAUGAGUGUGAGUGUGUCGACAGUCAUUGCAGCACUCUGACCACUCCCACACCAGCUCAGCAGGAACAACAGCAAGAGGUGUCCACCUUCGCCCCAGAGCAGCAGCAGCAGCAAGAACAGCAGCAGCAGCAGCAAUGAAAGGGACAAUCAGGACCAGCCUAGACAUUUUCAUAACGUGACCCAGAAUUGAAUAAAUGAAAAUCUUAUGCUCAAGCAACAUGCAACCCAAUAUUUCCUCUAUCUACUCUUCAAGAAAAGAUUUUCUCUUUUGCAUGCCAAGCAUUUUGAAAUGUCCUGACUUUUUCUUGAGUGUGGGCUUGACUGAGACUAUAUGAUUGAGUUGAAAAAGAUUUGGGGAUGGAGAGGGAGAGGGCUUGGUGUCAAUAAUUGGAGUUGGGGUGAAAAAAUCAAAAGGAUGGAUUGGUUUGGCUUGGGAUCUUCUCUUGAGGAGGGACAAUCCCCGCAUUAAGUGACAGGUAGUACCAUUUUAAUUAAAACUGGUGGAGUUUUUACCACUGGUUGGCAGAAGCCAGAGGAGAACUAGAAGCUUUGAGUAGGAUUCUGAUCCAGUUAAUCUCUGCUGCAUUUGACAAGAAUAUCGGUUGGUAUUUGCUAAAAUGGCAAGCAUAGCUCUCAGCUCCCUGACAUACUUUUUUCUUGCUCUGCUUCCAAAUUCCUUCUUCUAUAAACUUCAUUCUUUCUACUCCUUCCAAAUAUGAGUAGGGAAGAGAGGCUAUAAUGAGGUGAGAUUCUUUGUAGAUUUAUUACUAUUGCAGCAAGGAAA